AAUCCCCAAAUUGAGAUAUAGAAGAAAGAUGGCUAUGUGAAACCUCAUAGCAUUUCUCUACAAUGGAGAUCCAUCAGUUUUCCACUCUCUUUUUACUCAUCUUUCUCGUUUCUACCGGAAAUUCCGAUCUUUCCAAUGAUCGAGCAGCCCUUAUUUCACUUCGUUCGGCCGUCGGCGGCAGAUCUCUCCUCUGGAAUCUUUCAGACCCAACUCCAUGCAAAUGGGCCGGCGUUAUUUGUAGCUCUGGUCGAGUUAUAGAGCUUCAUUUCCCUGCAAUGGGUCUUUCCGGUGAUAUUCCGAUCGGUACAUUCGGAAAUCUAACCGGCCUUCAGACUUUAAGUCUACGGCUUAAUACAUUGUCAGGACCCAUUCCGUCUGAUUUAGCCGCUGCAACUGAACUUCGUAAUAUAUACCUGCAAGGAAACUCGUUUUCAGGUCCAAUUCCGGGUUUUCUUUUCACUCUCAUCAAUUUGGUUCAUCUGAAUCUAGCCUCAAACAACUUUUCCGGGCAGAUUUCAUCUGAUUUCAACAAGCUAACCCGGUUGGGCUCAAUCCGUCUGGAAAACAACAAUUUUACUGGGUCAAUUCCGGAACUAGACUCAUUAUCUAGUUUGAUUCUAUUCAAUGUCUCGAAUAAUCAUUUGACGGGACAAGUCCCUUCUAAAGUCUCGUCAAUGCCAGCAAGUUCUUUCGCCGGAAACUCUCUCUGCGGCGGCCCUUUAACUUCUUGCAUCGGAAAAAGCCGGAAAUCAAAGUUGUCUCGCGGCGCCAUUGCCGGAAUUAUAAUGGGUUCGGUACUUUCAUUCUUAAUUCUUACUGCAAUAUUCCUAUUGUGUUUUUGUCGAAGAAAGAGGAGUGAAAGGGUAGUUUCAAAAGAGCUUCCUCCUCCAACAACGUCCUCCCACCAUGCAGAAAUGGAGAUCCCAAUGCAAAAAUCCUACUCCAAUAGUACAACUUCAGAGUUUCUAAACAAAAACGCAAGUACCAAUAAGAGGUUAAUAUCCUUCGGAAAUUACGAUGUUACAUUUGAUUUGGAAGACUUGUUAAAAGCAUCAGCGGAGGUUUUGGGCAAGGGAACGUUUGGGACUACGUAUAAAGCUGUCAUGGAUAGUGCACCGGCAGUGGUUGUGAAGAGGCUGAGGGAUGUUACGGUUCCAGAGAUUGUGUUAAGAGAGAAAAUGGCAGCCAUUGGAGCUAUGGAUCAUGAGAAUUUGGUGCCAUUGAGGGCUUAUUACUAUAGUGGAGAUGAGAAGCUUCUUGUUUAUGAUUAUUUGCCAAUGGGAAGCUUAUCUGCACUUUUACAUGGAAACAAAGGAGGAGCUGGAAGGACACCUUUAAACUGGGAAACAAGGGCAAUCAUUGCCCUAGGAGCAGCUCGAGGCAUUGCUUACAUUCACUCAAAAAAUUCUGCAUUCACUCAUGGAAAUAUCAAAUCUUCCAACAUUCUCCUCACCCAAUCCUACGAAGCUCGGAUCUCAGAUUCAGGCCUCGCACAGCUUGUGGAGUCCACUUCUUCACCAACACGUGUUGUGGGCUAUCGUGCACCUGAGGUGACGAAUCCCCAGAAAAUAUCACAAAAGGCCGAUGUAUAUAGCUUUGGAGUGCUGUUGCUUGAAUUGAUGACGGGUAAGUCACCUACGCAUUCUCGGGAUGAUGAUGAUGGCGUGGAUUUACCGAGAUGGGUACAGUCUGUUGUUCAAGAGGAAUGGACUUCUGAGGUUUUUGAUCUCGAGCUUUUAAGGUAUCAGGAUGUUGAGGAUGAGAUGGUUCGGCUGUUGCAACUUGGGGUUGAUUGUGUUGGGUUGAACCCAAGUAAUAGGCCUUCGAUGGACGAGGUGGUAUGCCAAGUUGCUGAUAUAUAUGGAUCGGGUCGUAAGUAGUUGUGUAUUGAUAUCGUACUUUGAUGAUAUAUUCAUUUGUGAAAUCUAAGGGUUUUUUUUUUUGGUUUCCUGCAUUCUUACAUUCAUUUUUCUUCUGAUGUGAAGAUUUGAAUUUGUUUCAUUUUUCUUCUGGAUUUUAUUUUGUCUCUUGUCUUAUGUAACAUGUGCAAAUGUUACUUGGUUUCCUUA